CAACAGCAGAAAGUGGAGGAAUAUUGGAUGGUUAUGAUCUGAGCUCAGUGGAAGGUAUCAGAUGUGGUGGAUCUCUGUUGCGCACGGAGGUUAUUGUGAAGUUCGGAAAACAUUUCCCCGAUAUAGCCAUAAGACAGGGAUAUGGGAUGACUGAGGCGGCCUGUGCAAUCUUCCGAGCAGCUGAUGCUUGGGACUGUCGUCAACUUGGCUCAACAGGGAAGCUGGUAGCAAAUAUGCAAGUGAAGAUUGUUGAUCCUGCUACGGGUGUUGCUUUACCUCCUUGCAAGCAAGGGGAGCUUUGGGCUAAAGGGCCGUCGAUAAUGAAAGGCUAUCUUGGCGAAGGGGCAGAAGGGAUCUCAUCAGCAAUAGAUUCAGAAGGAUGGCUGAAGACGGGCGAUCUAUGCUAUGUCGACAAUGAGGGUUUUCUUUAUGUUGUAGAUAGAUUAAAAGAAUUAAUCAAGUACAAGGGAUACCAGGUUCCUCCAGCAGAAUUAGAAGAAUUGCUUUUUUCACAUCCAGAUAUUCUCGACGCAGCUGUGAUUCCGUAUCCAGAUGAAGAAGCAGGUGAAGUGCCUAUGGCAUUUGUUGUUAGAAAAACUCAAACUUCAAUUGACAAAACUCAGGUCAUAGAUUUCAUCUCCAAACAGGUGGCACCAUUUAAGAAAAUAAAGAGAGUAGAAUUCAUUGAUUCCAUACCAAGGACUGCUGCUGGCAAGAUUCUGAGAAAGGAGUUAAAAACGCUUGCACUGUCUAAGAUGCUUGCCACUACUUCUAAGUUAUGAUGCACAUCAUCAUAAAUAAAUUGAAAUGUACAAGGCUGAUGUGCUUGUUUUUUAAUCUGUACUUUGGCAAUAGCUUUGGUGGAAGCUAUGAUGGAGAACUAUUUGCCAUGGUCAGGGGUUGAUUUCAUUACUGGUCGUCUGUACAGCGAUUGGGUGUAACCUAUACAGUAGAUGCCGUAUGAUCCAUUGCAUUUGAAAGUGCCAAUCUACAUAUUUGUUGCAAAUGCAGAAGUGUUUACCAUAUCUAAAGCUAAUUUGGUACUGGAACUUUUAUUGUGAUUGUUUUGCAUCUUCUAUGAGUUGGAAGUGUGUAAUUGUUUUGCAGCACAAACAAAAAAGACUGCUCAUCAGGUUCAGACCAUCCUCAGUUGAAACCGCGGAAAGAUACAUCAGGUUCAAACCAUCCUCACUUGUGCAGUAGAAAGGUACAUGGGAUUUCUGUCUGUAAACGUAUUCCAUUUUUUUUUAAUGGUUUUAAAUGCUGUUAUAUCAGGUAGACCGUAGACCUGACUGUAAGCACAGUGACAAAAGUAUGAUAUUAGAUGGCACAAAAGUGUAAAUGAUAUCUUGUAUGUGAUAUUAAAUUAAUAAACCAAAUAUACUGUUACAU